AUGUACGCUUCUAAAUCCGUUAUUGCUCUUUUCGCCGUUCUUCCUUACCUUGCUUCUGCCGCUCCCAUCUUCGGUCUUCCCAAUCUCGGCAAUGUUCUCGGAUUAGGACAAGGUAACUCAGUCGACGCUUCAACAGUCGCUGUUGUAGUACCCAAAGUAACCAGUAUAGUAGGAUCUGUCAUUCCAGCUGCUACUGCUAAAGUCGGUUCAGUAGCAGGUGGCGCUACAUCCAUAAUUGGAGCUGUCGUUUCUCAAGAAACCAAAUUUCUUGGAUCGGCAAUCAACGCAGCAACUGGAAUUGCAGGAAAUAUAGCUGGUGCAGCAACGGCUCAAGCUACUGGAACAAUCUCUGUUUCAGGUUCAUCUUCAGGUACGAUCAACGCCAACGCUGGUAAUGGUAAUGUUAUCUCUGGUGUAAUCGGAGGUAACGCAAAUGCGAUGGGACAAAUCACUGGUACUGUGAAUGGAAUAGCUUCAGGAACACUCCAAAAUACAGCUGGAAGUAUUAUUGGAGGUUUAUCAGGAGUAACAAGUGGAAAUGUCGUCGGUAAUGCGAUCAACGGUGUCGUCCCGUCUGUUGUGGGUAGUACAGUUGGUCAAGUCAUUGGUACAGGUACCAACGUGAUUGGAGGUGUUGUAUCUCAAGCUCAAAACACCGUUGGAAACACAGUCAACGGGGUAGUUGGUCAAGCUCAAACUACAGUAGGCAACACAGUUGGUGGUAUAGUCUCUCAAGGUCAAAAUGUUGUUGGUGGUGUAAUCGGUACAGCUCAGAACACCGUUGGAAACACAGUCGGUAACGUGGUCGGUACAGCUCAAAACACAGUUGGUAGCACGAUUGGUAACAUUGUUUCAACGGGUCAAAACACUGUAGGAGGAAUUAUUGGAUCUGCUCAAAAUACAGUUGGAAACACCGUUGGGAGUAUUGUAUCCACUGGCCAAAACACCGUUGCAAGCACUAUUGGUGGAAUCACCUCUGGCUCUAUCCAAAAUACUGCUGGAGGUAUCUUGGGUGGUCUUACCAGCACAGUCGGUAACACAGUUUCUACUGGUCAAAGCUCUUUAGGAUCUCUUAUUCCUACAGCUACUAGUAGUCCUCCCAAGAUCGUUCAAGGUUUAAGCACUUUUAUCUCCGGACUUAAACCUAUUUCUGCUGUUGACACCGUUCAAAACUUGCAAAACGUUUAUUCAUACUUGAGUACCGUAUUAGCUAACGAAGCUGCUCUCGUCAAAAACACUGCGUCAUCUGAUUUCGCCCCUUUCGUGACCUAUUCUUCUCAGCUCAUUCGAAACUUGAAUACAUACAUUAAGUCACUCCCUUCGAGCAUCACUUCAGCUUCUGCAUUCUUGACUGUCGCGGCUCAAAUUGACGCUGCGACAGCUCAGAUGUUGAGUGGUAUCAAGACUACAGCUGCUGGUACAACCCAACUUUCAACUGCUUUGUACGCUGAUGGAAUGUUCACUGCCAGUGGUUUAUCUACUUUACUUCCUAAGACAUUCGCUGUUCUUCCCCCCGCUCCUAUCAAACUUUAG